AUGGAGCUUGGAGACUGCCAAAAGACCGCCCAUGAGCAGGGUCAGCUGCAGCGGGACUUAUGGGAAAUCACCCAAAGCCCGUGGAAACGGGGCAUUCUGCCCGGUGCCGACAGUUUGUCCCAGGCGAGAGAAUCGCUUCCACGUUCCCUUCCUGCAGAUGGAAUGGGAUUCGAAUCGGUCCAGAAACAUAUCCUGGAGGAUAUUGUUCCCGCAUUCAAUGCCAGCAGUAUCAGCCCUAACUACUAUGGCUUCGUCACUGGCGGCGUAACCCCGGCCGCGCUGUUCGCAGACAACGUUGUCUCUGCGUAUGACCAGAAUGUCCAGGUCCAUCUCGCGGAUCAUUCCAUUGCGACCGAUGUCGAAUCCAAUGCCCUGGGACUACUAGCGGAUCUUUUUCACCUGGAUCGACGCGAGUGGCACAAUGGCACUUUCACCACCGGAGCCACGGCGAGCAAUGUGCUUGGAAUAGCCUGUGGACGGGAAUUCGUGGUUCGAGCGGCCGCAAGUAAGAAAGGGGUUUCCAACAGCAGCGUUGGAGAAUCGGGCUUGUUCGAGGUCAUGCAUGCGUCGGGUCUCUCGGGCCUGCAAAUACUGUCGACAAUGCCGCAUUCUUCUGUCGGUAAAGCCGCUGGGAUUUUGGGAUUUGGCCGUGCGAAUGUCAUCAGUGUCUGUCUGGAUGACAAUAAUCAGAACCCUCUAGGGAUUGACUUCAAGAAACUUGAACGUGAGCUAGCGAGACAAGACAAAGCAAGUAUUGUUGUCGUGUCUUGCGGAGAAGUCAACACCGGUCGAUUUGCUACCACCGGAAUUAUAGAGAUGCAGAAGCUACGCAAUCUAUGUGACAAGUACGGUGCCUGGUUACAUGUUGACGGUGCGUUUGGACUUUUUGGUCGGAUUCUAGUUGACAGUCCCGAGUUCGCGUCUAUCAGCAAAGGCUGCGAGGGGGUAGAACUGGCCGAUUCUAUUGCCGGCGACGCACACAAGCUGCUCAACGUCCCCUAUGACUGUGGCUUUUUCUUGACUCCCCAUCAUCAAGAGGCAGGAAACGUGUUCUGUAAUGCCAAUGCAGCGUAUCUAACAGCAGGCAAUGCCGGACUAGUCUCGAUCCCAUCUCCUUUGAACCUCGGAAUAGAGAACUCUCGGAGGUUCAGAGCGCUGCCUGCAUAUGCCUCGCUUCUUUCUUAUGGUCGGAUAGGCUACCAAAAUAUGCUUGAGAAGCAGAUUCGACUGGCUAGAAUGAUCACCGGCUGGUUGUUUGACCAUCCGGAGUACAAUAUACUCCCGGAAACAGGCAGUAAGGAAGACCUGUUGGAUCAAACGUUCAUGAUCGUCCUGUUCAGUGCGAAGCAAGACGCUCUGAACCAAAAGCUAGCCGCCAGGAUUAACGAGACAUCGAAGAUGUUUGUGUCUGGGACUUCCUGGCAAGGGAGACCGGCCUGUCGAAUUGCAAUUUCCAACUGGAGGGUCAACCCAGAGACGGACUUUACAAUCAUCACGGAUGUUCUUGACGAAGUUGCAAGACGGGAGCAAUAA